AUGCCAAACAAAUACGAAGCUUCGUCGAUAAAGACGAUAUCUGUGUCGUCGUCCGUGUUGUUGUCGUUACUUAGACACACCUCGGAGCAUUACCCAGCGUUGUUCUCGGGUGCAUUGUUGGGAUUUGAAGAUGAAAAAUCCGUCGAUAUAACGCAUGCGUUCCCAUAUUCAUACCCAGAUCAGUACGAAGGCGGCUCGUUCAAGUCGAGAAGCGGUGGCCAGUACCAGAAGGACUUGUUGGAAAGCUACAAGAAACUUGGUUACGGUGUUGCAUUCCAAGGGUGGUUCCAAUCGACGAUUUCAGGAAACUUUGUUACAACCCAGCUUGUCGAGGGAUUGGCCCAGCAGCAGCUAGCCAACCCCAAUGUCUUUAUACUCAUCCACAACAUGUCGAGCAUAGGCCAAGAAGUUGCCUUGAGGGCGUUGAGAUUGUCCUCUGGAUUCAUGAGCGCGUACGCCGACGGGAAAUGGAAGUCGAGGGAUUUGGAAAAGAACAAGGUUUCGUACUUGAACAUCUUCGAAGAGUUGAACUUGGACAUACAGAACCAGGCCUUGGUCGACUUGUACUUGUCAAACGCGCCAGCUGUCAAGCUUGGAGAAUCAGAAUUGACCAGUCUCAACCUCUUGUCCAACUCGAGCUCCACCGCGCAAUUGGUAGAGUCUUUGUGCAGCCAAGUAGACUCAUUCAACUACGAUCAAAACAACUUCAACUACUACCAAAGACAGCUCCACAAAGAGCAAAGCAAGAUCCAGCAAUGGAAACAGCAGAGGAAGUAUGAUAACUUGGAAAGAGCCAAGAACGGUGAAAAGGAGUUGCCCACCGACGAAUGGAAGUCCAUCUUUAGAUUGCCUGCUGAGCCUUCAAGGUACAACAACAUGUUGCUAAGUCAUUCCAUCAAUGACUUGGCUAACGAUGCGUUGAGGAAAUGCGAUGAAGAGUUGCAAAAGAGUUUCGCCAUCAACCAAAAAUUAGCAGCUGAUUAG